GGUAUCAUUACAUGGACAGGUCUGGAACUACAGGACAACAAGGUAUCAUUACAUGGACAGGUCUGGAACUACAGGACAACAAGGUGUCAGCAUCAUUACAUGGACAGGUCUGGAACUACAGGACAACAAGGUGUUAGCAUCAUUACAUGGACAGGUCUGGAACUACAGGACAACAAGGUGUCAGCAUCAUUACAUGGACAGGUCUGGAACUACAGGACAACAAGGUGUCAGCAUCAUUACAUGGACAGGUCUGGAACUACAGGACAACAAGGUAUCAGCAUCAUUACAUGGACAGGUCUGGAACUACAGGACAACAAGGUGUUAGCAUCAUUACAUGGACAGGUCUGGAACUACAGGACAACAAGGUGUCAGCAUCAUUACAUGGACAGGUCUGGAACUACAGGACAGGACAACAAGGUGUUAGCAUCAUUACAUGGACAGGUCUGGAACUACCAACCUACAGGACAACAAGGUGUCAGCAUCAUUACAUGGACAGGUCUGGAACUACCAACCUACAGGACAACAAGGUAUCAGCAUCAUUACAUGGACAGGUCUGGAACUACCAACCUACAGGACAACAAGGUGUCAGCAUCAUUACAUGGACAGGUCUGGAACUACAGGACAACAAGGUGUCAGCAUCAUUACAUGGACAGGUCUGGAACUACAGGACAACAAGGUAUCAGCAUCAUUACAUGGACAGGUCUGGAACUACAGGACAACAAGGUAUCAGCAUCAUUACAUGGACAGGUCUGGAACUACAGGACAACAAGGUGUCAGCAUCAUUACAUGGACAGGUCUGGAACUACAGGACAACAAGGUGUUAGCAUCAUUACAUGGACAGGUCUGGAACUACAGGACAACAAGGUGUCAGCAUCAUUACAUGGACAGGUCUGGAACUACAGGACAACAAGGUAUCAGCAUCAUUACAUGGACAGGUCUGGAACUACAGGACAACAAGGUGUCAGCAUCAUUACAUGGACAGGUCUGGAACUACAGGACAGGACAACAAGGUGUUAGCAUCAUUACAUGGACAGGUCUGGAACUACAGGACAGGACAACAAGGUGUUAGCAUCAUUACAUGGACAGGUCUGGAACUACCAACCUACAGGACAACAAGGUGUCAGCAUCAUUACAUGGACAGGUCUGGAACUACAGGACAGGACAACAAGGUGUCAGCAUCAUUACAUGGACAGGUCUGGAACUACCAACCUACAGGACAACAAGGUGUCAGCAUCAUUACAUGGACAGGUCUGGAACUACAGGACAACAAGGUGUCAGCAUCAUUACAUGGACAGGUCUGGAACUACAGGACAACAAGGUAUCAGCAUCAUUACAUGGACAGGUCUGGAACUACAGGACAACAAGGUGUUAGCAUCAUUACAUGGACAGGUCUGGAACUACAGGACAACAAGGUGUCAGCAUCAUUACAUGGACAGGUCUGGAACUACAGGACAACAAGGUGUUAGCAUCAUUACAUGGACAGGUCUGGAACUACAGGACAACAAGGUGUCAGCAUCAUUACAUGGACAGGUCUGGAACUACAGGACAACAAGGUAUCAGCAUCAUUACAUGGACAGGUCUGGAACUACAGGACAACAAGGUGUCAGCAUCAUUACAUGGACAGGUCUGGAACUACAGGACAACAAGGUAUCAGCAUCAUUACAUGGACAGGUCUGGAACUACAGGACAACAAGGUGUCAGCAUCAUUACAUGGACAGGUCUGGAACUACCAACCUACAGGACAACAAGGUGUCAGCAUCAUUACAUGGACAGGUCUGGAACUACAGGACAACAAGGUGUCAGCAUCAUUACAUGGACAGGUCUGGAGCUACAGGACAACAAGGUGUCAGCAUCAUUACAUGGACAGGUCUGGAACUACAGGACAACAAGGUAUCAGCAUCAUUACAUGGACAGGUCUGGA